AUGCAGUCUGCUAAUUUUAACAACACGUCUGCAUUCAACAACAAACAAUUUUCUCUUAGUAUCUGCAACUCCAUUGGAGAAUUAAAAAAUCCACAUUUGGCAACGCCUGCCUCUCUCAAAGCUUCCCUCGCAGCUGUAAUAACGACUGGAGCCGCUUGUCCUUUUGCUGUUGUUCUCAACUCUUUGGUUCUUUUAGCAUUCUAUAAGAAACCAUCUCUAAGAACCCAAAGCAAUGUCAUGAUUGGUAUUAUGGCAGCAAACGAUCUGGUCAAAGCUGGAAUUGGUGGCGCGUUUUUCAUUUCGAAGGAAAUCAAUUACCAAAUGGAACACGACCCGAAAUGUCCUGUUUUGGUAGGACUUGCCCUAAGUGCAUCGAUCGUAUCUGACAUCAUAGUUGCUGGUAUGAACUUAGAGAAAUACGUCGCUCUUCAAUUCCCUUACUGGCACCGUGUCAACGUCACAGCAAGGCGUAUAUUGACCACUGCACUCGUGUCCAUCCUAACAGGGUUUUUGCUGACAGUCAUCCGCGUUUUUUCUGAAGCGGGAAGGUUUCUUGUAGUGCUUCCGUUUGCCAUAUGCAUUAUUUCAACCUCUAUCUUCGCAGUCUCUAUUUGGAGAGUGAUCUCAAAGCGCAAUCGUCAAAUUCAAGCACAAAGUGAGCAAGCAAACGUAACAACCUUGACCAGUUCAGAGCGUAAGGCUGCCAAAAUGGCAACAUAUAUUGCUGUGGGACUUCUCUUCACUAGCAUUAUACCAUUGCUCCUGCUCACCAUGGUAAUACAAAAUAGUGAUUCAAAGAUCACGGCAGAACCACUGCUUCAAUCAUUGCCACUGUUGGGCUGUUUGAUAAACCCCYUCAUUUAUGGUUUCAUGAACCGAGAUAUUAGGAAAGCCUGCAAGGAAAUGAUCAACUGCAAGUUUUCAAAUUCUAUCACAAUACAAGUACAGCCAUGA